AUGCAAAUUCUCUAUGUGAACUCAGUCUUUGAAAUUGAAAAGAUUGAACACUUGAUUGAUAGUCAUUUUUUUAAAGAAUCAUUGACACUUGGACGUGUUUGUGCAAGUGAUAGUGAUUGUGCGGCAGUUCUACACGCAGAAUGCCGAAACUCAAUUUGUGAAUGCACAUCAGAUCAUUUCGCUCAUCCACACAAAAAUGAUCUUUGUCAAUCAGCUUCAACAUUUGGUGAAGAAUGCUCGGAAAUUCUUCCUUGUAAAUCUCCAUUUGAUUGUUUUGAUGAAAAAUGUAUUUGUGCUGAAAGUUUUGUUCAUCAUCAAAAUACUUGCAUAAAAAAAUGCGCGAAGGGUGAGAUCGCGAUCACCGAAUGGAAUCAUCAGUGUGUGAAAUUACGAGGCCUGGGUGAGGAGUGUGCUUAUGAUGAGCAAUGUUGGACAAGGUUCUCCGAGUGUGCCGCUCAAAGAUGCACUUGUCGAAGGGGAAUGAGAAAUCAAAAUGAUACUUGCAUAGCCACCCCGUAUUGCCCAUUUGGACCGGCUCCUUUGAUGAACAAUGAAGUGAUCGAUUGCCGCCUUGAUCAAGGAGCUCAAUGUCCAAAAGGACUCUACUGUCAACAAUAUCAUUUCAUCAGAAAUCAAGGGUUUUGCUGUCCGAUUGCUGAAGCCUUCUGCCCAAUUGGUUUCCCCCAUCCGACAGCCGAUUGCACGAAUUGUCCUUACGAUACACACAGCUGUUACACUUUCAACGUCGGAAUGAAACAACAAUCCUUAUGCUGUCCAACUGAUUGUCAUCGUUCUUCACUUGUACGAGAUGGAGAUCGAUGUUUACCAUUAGUGCCAUUGGGAGGAGAAUGCUAUCAGAAUGCUCAGUGUGACAUUCUUCUCCCCGGAGCGAUCUGCGAGAAUGGUUUUUGUACUUGUCCCUCACAAAUGAUGGUCAAAAAUGGAAAAUGUUUUCCAUUAUCACCUUUAAAUGGAGAAUGUUUGUCUCAUUCGGAAUGCCGAGAGGAAUCCCAAUUGAGAUGUGUGAAUGGGAGAUGUGUUUGUGCCACAGAACAUGUGCCGGAACCGUUUGUCGAUGAGCCGAAGAGAUGCAUUCCGGCUGCAACAUGUCCAACGUCAGCCGGUCUAUUCAAGAAAUUGUUCACCUUUUCUGAGUGCAAUGACGUAGUGAAAUGUGCAGAGAAUGAGUAUUGCAGAAAAUGGUGGCAAGAUGAAAGAUCGAAUCAAAGCUAUUCUUUAUGUUGUCCAAAGCCAGGUGUUCACGAAUUUAACACAGUUUGUGGGCGAUUUGGAAUGAGUCUCGUUUUGACGAAUUCAAUCGAUACACUGGCCUCUCCUUUGCCCUGUGGAUUACAUCCAAUACAGGGUCACUCGGAUUGUCCGGAUGGCUCAGCGUGUGUCUUCAAUCCAUUCUCGAUUGGUGAUGGAAUCUGUUGUCGAACGCUUAGACAACUUAAUAACAAAACUUUU